AUGCCAGUUGUGACAAUAUCGUUCUACAUCACACCCACCACAAGACACCUCUUAUCCCCUUUCCCAAACGACGACGUCGUCAAGCCUUCAACGCCCGAUCAGAUUCAAGAUUGUGACUUCUAUCUCAAGACUUACGCCGCCGGCUUCCAUCUUUCCCUGUAUCUUGUUCGGUGGCAGCCCUUGAUGAUAUCAAGUUCUUUCCAUGCUGCUAUUUGGUGUUUGCUGUCAUAUGAUAGUUUUGACUGCUUUCCCCUGUCGACUGAUUGUUUUGCUCUUGAUUGCCUUAUUUGUGCUAGCUUUGAUGGUUAUAGGCAUAGUCGUGCUUAUUGCUUCUGUAACCUUAGUUGUGCUCACUGCUGGACAAAUGGUGUUUGGCUUUUACUUACGGAACAAAUCAGAAUUGUGGGUGUCUUAAGGCCUGUUGAUGCCGACAUUUAUGAGCCAGUAUCACUUGAAAUGUUGCAUGCUUAUCAAUUUAACAUAAUGGAGAAAGUUGAUUAA